AUGCACCAACCGCUCUACCUGUUAGCCCUCUUGGGCUCGCUCCAUGCCGCCGCGGGCGUGGAGCUCGAGCAUGCCGAAGUUGCUCGCAGCCUCAAGACUGCCGUGAUCGCCGACAGAGCUGCGGCCGAUGCCCCCGACGGCUACGCCCCCUCGUCCGAUAGCUGCCCCAGCAAGCGCCCCGAGAUUCGCUCCGUCACGGGCAUCAGCGCCGAAGAGAAGGAGUGGCUGCCGCGCCGCCGUGCCGAGACGAUCCCCGAAAUCAAAGACUUUUUGAAGAGAGCCGGCAUCAAGGACUUUGACAGCGACAAAUACCUGAACGGCGCCACCGCAUCGUCAGACAGCUUGCCCAACAUCGGUAUCGCCGUGUCGGGUGGUGGUUACCGUGCUAUGCUUAACGGUGCCGGUGCCAUCUCGGCUUUUGACGGCAGAACAAAGGGCAGCAAGGACAAGGGUAACUUGGGUGGUCUCCUUCAGAGUGCGACGUAUCUGUCGGGUCUGUCUGGUGGUGGUUGGCUCGUGGGCAGCAUCUUUGCCAACAACUUCACCACGAUUGACGCUGCUGUUGCUGACAAGGAUAUUUGGCAAUUCAGCCACAACAUUCUCGAAGGUCCCAAGGGAAUGGGCUUGAUCGACUACUACAAGACCAUCCUCGGCGAGGUCGACAAGAAGCACGAUGCUGGCUUCAACCGAUCCAUUACCGACUACUGGGGCCGCAUGCUGUCGUUCCAGCUGGUCAAGGCCCGACACGGCGGUCCCGGUGUUACCUUUUCGUCCAUUGCCAACGACCCUCUCUUCUCAUCAGCCAAGACGCCGCUUCCCAUCCUAGUGGCCGACUCGCGCAACCCCGGCGAGAAGAACACCACCCUUGACAACACGCUCUUUGAGUUCAACCCGUGGGAGCUGGCCUCCUUUGAUGACAGCCUUGCCGGCGCCGUGCCCCUCAAGUACGUCGGUUCCAAGUUUGACGGCGGCAAGAUCCCCGACAACGAGCAGUGCAUCCGCGGCUUCGACAACAUUGGCUAUGUCAUGGGCACCUCGAGCAGUUUGUUCAACCAGAUCAUCCUGCGCAUCAAGUCGGACCCGUCCAGAAUCCCCAAGGACCUGCCCAAGUUCCUGGUCAACACUGUGGUCGAUGUUCUGACUGCGCUGGGCGACAAGUCUGACGACGUUGCCGACUGGCGCCCCAAUCCGUUCAAGGGCUUCAACUCGGCUAAGAACAAGGCUGCCGAUCAGGAAUCUCUGACGCUUGUCGAUGGCGGCGAGGACGGCCAGAAUGUGCCCUUCCACCCACACACCGUCCGCGAGCGCAAAGUCGAUGUCGUCUUUGGCAUCGACACCUCUGCCGACAUCCACUCCUGGCCCAACGGCCACUCGGCGUCGCUGACCUCGCAGCGCUCCAAGAACGACAACGUCACCAGCUUCCCCGACGUCCCUGGCACCAACACCUUUAUCAACCUGGGCCUCAACACCAAGCCCACCUUCUUUGGCUGCGACGCCAGCAACAUGACCAAGCCUGGACCUCUGGUUGUUUACCUGCCCAACUACCCCUACGUCUUCAACUCGAACCUGUCGACCUUUGAGCUGACCACCAACGAUUCGGUCCGCGAUGCCAUGAUCUCCAACGGCGCUGCUGUCGUUACUCAGCUUAACAGCAAGCGUGACGCUGAGUGGCCUGCCUGCGUGGCCUGCGCGAUGCUGUCCCGCAGCUUUGCCCGCACCAAGACGGCGGUGCCUGCGCAGUGCCAGCAGUGCUUCAUCAGAUACUGCUGGAACGGCACCGUUGAUGAGCGUGACCCCUCGACGCCGUACUUCCCUACCAUGUUCAGCGAGUCGCUGGAUGUUAAGAAGAGAAGCGGCGCUGGCCAGCUGACAGUUGGCAGUGGUGGCUUAGGCUCGGUGGUGGGUGUCUCGGCGGCUGUGGCUGCUGCCGUGAUGAUGAUGCUGUAA